AUGAUCACUUCUCAAGGGUCAAUUCCAGAAGUGAAAGAAGACAUCCCAGGUUCUUCCAUUGAUGAAAGAUCUAACAGAAUCAGAACAUUUCAAGACCUAGGUCCGCCAGAUAUUGUGUCGUUGACAAAGCAUGUCCCAGGUUCUAAGUCACCUGAAGUUGGUACUUAUUUAUACUACACUGGGUUAGACAACUCAAGCUCUUCUUCAGUUGCUGCUCAUUUGAACUCGUUGGCAAACAUUAUUGGUUCAACUCCACAAACUUGGUUUGGUAAAUCUAGGCCAUGGAAAGUUACAAAAGCUGUUUAUGCAUCAUAUAACGCAUUUUCUAAAGUUGAUGUCGUUGUUGCUGUUCAUAUUCCAGGUGCAGUGAGCUCUUAUGUUAUUGAUGGAUACAGAGAAAGAAUUCAAGAGACUGAUAGAAUAUGGUUGGAAGUUUUCACUAGUGGAGUUAUUAGAUCUCUAUUAACUAGCGAAGAAGAUGAUGAGCAAGUCAAUUCAGUUGUCGAAUCAAGAAAUUUGAAUCCAUUCCCAACUGUACAACUUGCUAAGCAAUUCCUUGAUGCUUUUGAAGAGCUAUUUGAAGAAGGUCCAAAUAUUGGAUCAGCUCCUGAGAUUCAAACCCCAACUUUAAUUUCAAAUUACUUGGUAGAUGCCUUUUUGAAGGCGGUUGAACUAACAGGGUUAUAUGACUAUGCUUUAGACAUUUUAAACAGAUUGAGAGAAAAAGAUGAAAUUGUUGUUAGUCUGAUUGUUAAAGUGCUAUUCUUGAAAGAUGAAGAGAUUAAGGCUGUUCAAGUAAUGUAUGAGGGAAUCAAGAAAAACCCAAGAGAUGCAGCAUUACUGUCAAUCCAAUCACAAUUCUUAAUUGAAAAAAACCAUUUGGAUCUAGCUUUAACAUGUGCUAUACAGGCUGUCAAUUCAGCUCCCUCUGAAUUUAACCCAUGGGCUAAUUUAGCUAAAGUCUACCUUGAGCUAGGAAACGUUGAGCAAGCAUUGUUAGCCUUGAACUCGUGCCCAAUGGCUGCGUAUAAGGAAAAAUUCCAUCUGAAAAGAAUUAUACCAACAACUCCAGAGAAGCUGCAUCUACCAUUACCGAUUGAUGUAACAUUGGAUGAAGUUUCAAGUUUAGAUUCUGCAAGGGUUGCUCAAGAACAUAACUCUGUUGAUCAAGCUUUAUUGAACCUUCAAGCAGCAAACUUGAAAUCAACAUUUGCUAGAGCAUAUGAUAUUUUGACAGAAAUUGUUCAUAGAACAGGCUGGGAAUCUUUAUUGAAAUAUAGAGCCAAAAUUUUCGUUAUGGAGGAAGAAUAUAGAUCAAAAUCUUCCUCAACUGCCAAUAUCAUUGACCCAAAAACAAAUGGUAAUUCAACUGAAGCCUCCUCAGAAGAUGAGAACUCCUUCAAAAAGAAAAGACUAUGUGAAAGAUGGUUAGAUAAUCUAUUUAUGCUGUUGUAUGAAGAUUUAAGAACAUAUACAAUGUGGCAAGCAGAAAUGAUUCAUUUCCAAGCACAAAAGACUCAGUAUGAAAAAUUACCAGUGGAAUGGGAAUUACUAGGUAUGGUUGCGUUUAGAUUACAUCAUUACAAAGAAGCUGCUGCUGCUUUCCAACGUGCUUUAGAACUAAGAUUUGCAUCCACAUCUACUAGAAAUCUGUUGAAAUAUUAUCAGCUCGAAAUUAAAGCUUUAAAACAAAAGGGUGAAAGAUCCCAACAAGUUUCAAAUGGUCAUAACAACAUUUCAACAACCUCCAUCGAUCAUGCACAUUUAUCACCAACACAAGUAUCUAAAAAGAUCACUUCGCUAGAUGAAAGUAUUUUGGAUGCUGUUGUUAAAUUAACUGUAUGGAACCAUAGGUGGUAUUGUGAAUUCGCUCCAUAUUUGUUAACAGCAUUAUCUAAAGUUGUUGGAAGAGAAGGUCUUGUGAAGAUACAAAAUGAAGUUAGAGCCAAUUAUCCAGAUACGGGUGUUUAUGAACUAUUAGAUGAAUCAUUCGAGUUUUUCAAGCAGUUUCAAAUUUUUGGAGCUGAAACAUAG